UCCAGUUCUAGUGUAUUAGAACAGGACUGAUCGGUAAAAGGUAAUGAAUCACUUAGAAAAUGAAGGAGAGCUCAGUUCCCAAACGGCCCUGACCGAUAGUAGGAAUACAGAGCAAACAGAAGAUUACGGGAAGUCUUUUGAGUAUGAUCCUGAAUUUAAGGGACCAGUUAAAAAUAGGAGCUGUACAGACAUCAUAUGCCUGUUUUUGUUUCUUAUCUUUUUGGGUGGCUGGAUUGUAUUAGCAGUAAUUGCAUUUCAACGAGGUGAUCCAAAACAACUGAUUUUCCCUACAGACUGGCAAGGCCGAAUAUGUGGUGUAGGAAAAAUGUCUGGGAAGCCCUACCUCUAUUUCUUUGACUUGACAAAGUGUAUUGGUUUUGCUUCAGUUUUAAUGAGUGGCUGUCCAACACCUCAAGUGUGUACCAGUAAAUGUCCCAACCGGACCUUUACCUCAUUGAUAGCAAUAGAUGAAACAAGCAUCAAGAAUGAAAUGAUAUGCAUAGAUGAUUCUCAAAAAGAGGAACAGACUGUUAUAGAAUUGGUCUCCAGUGGAAACUGUGCACCUUUCUACUUGAAAAGUAAACCCUUGGCAGGAAGAUGUAUUCCAGAUAUAUUUCUGUCUUCUUCAGGAGAACCUGAUGAGAAGUUGGCUAAUAAUAUAGUCCAGGAUAUAAAUGGCAAAAACGUGUCUGGUGAUGAAAUGAAGUUGGCAAAAGAGUCUCUAGAAACAAUGUUAAAUGCCCGGGAAAUUGGGGAGAAAAUAUUUCAAGACUUUACAGCAGGCUGGUGGCUAAUGUUAGUAUGUUUACUGAUUUCAUUGGUGGAAGCAUUCUUGUGGAUUCUGUUGAUGAAAUAUUCUGCUGGUGUUAUGGUGUGGGCUAGCUUAUUCUGUAUCACUGGAUUGUUAACUUUUGUAUGCUAUUACAGUAUAAACAAGUAUCUAGAACUAAGUGAUUCUACAGAGUCAUAUGCUGCUUUCACUUUCACAACCAACAUGAAGUCUUAUCUAGCCCUACGGAAGACUUGGUUGGCCAUUGCCCUAAUUUCAGGAAUAGUUUUGCUGAUACUACUACUGGUGGUCAUUUCUCUUCGUACACGUAUUAGGAUCGCCAUUUCAUUGAUUAAAGAAAGUAGUAGAGCUAUAAGCAGCAUGAUUUCAUCUUUGUUUUUCCCAGUGAUACCAUACUUACUUCAGUUCUGCUUGUUUAUUUUUUGGGGUGCUGUAGCCAUGUCUAUUGCUUCAUCUGGAAAAGCAGUCUAUAGAAAUGUGAAUCAACAUAAUGUAUCAUCUGUGCAAGACAGUCCCACUUGUGAUCCUAAGGACUUUAAAGAGAUCACUACUGACAUACAUUGUGUUUUUUCUGCCUACGAAAGUGAAUCAAACCUUCUUCGUGCCCAGAUCUAUAAUGUUUUUGGUUUGUUCUGGGCAGUGUUUUUCAUUAUUGGUGUGUGUCAACUGUCCCUUUCCAUUGCCUUUUCUACCUAUUACUGGACAUUUAACAAACCAAAAGAUAUACCUUCCUUUGCUGUUGCAAGUGGUAUUGGGACAUGCUUACGAUACCAUCUUGGUUCUGUUGCUUUUGGAUCCCUGUUGAUUGCCAUUCUACGAGUAAUUCGUGUCAUUUUGGAAUAUAUAGACCAGAAGUUGAGAAAGUAUGACAACAAAGUGGUCAAAGUUCUUAUGUGUCUCUGCAAAUGCUGCUUCUGGUGCCUUGAAAAAUUUCUUAAGUUUAUCAGCAAAAAUGCUUACAUUAUGAUCGGUAUUUAUGGUAAGAAUUUUUGCACCAGUGCCAAAGAUGCUAUGUUUCUUUUAAUGCGUAACAUAGCUAGGGUUGUUGUUCUGGAUAAGGUGGUUGAUCUUUUACUGUUUCUUGGAAAAUUGGUGACUGUUGGUACAACAACUGUUGCUGCCUUCUAUUUCUUCUCUGGAAGAAUCCAUUUUCUGAAACAUUAUGUGCCCUCUUUGAACUACUACUUGUUGCCAGUAAUCACUGUAGCAAUAGGCUCCUAUUUCAUAGCCUCAUGUAUCUUCAGUGUCUAUAAUAUGGCAGUGGAUACUUUGUUUCUCUGUUUCUUGGAUGACUGUGAAAGAAAUGAUGGCUCUGCAGAGAGACCUUACUACAUGUCACGUGAACUGAUGAAAAUACUUGGAAAGAAAAACAAAUUCAAGGAGCCACAGUAAAAGAUUCCACAGGUUUUACAAUCUUUUUCUCUCUCUCUCUUAUUUUCUUUUAAGCUUAGGCAAUUAAAACUUUGUUUAGUAUAUAUAUAUAUAUAUAUAUGUUAAGUGAAUAAUAAAUACUCAGGUGCUACUAUAGUUAAUACUGUUUUGUGGUAUUAAAAGUGCACUUGAUACACAAAAACAAUGUAGCUUUUGUUAUGGUUUUGUAUAAUCAAUUUUAUUAUCUAAUGUUUAAAGUAUACUUUUGUCCUUGGGUCGGGGAAUUCGUGUUUAUGAAGUUUUUCCUUAUUUAGGAACCGAGUUAUAAUAUUAAAUUUUAAAAUAUGUAUAGCAACUUUAGUUCUAAAUAUCUAGCUCAAAAUCAAAUGAAAUUGAAAAAUAAUUUAAAAUCUUUAACAACAGCCUAUUUUUAUUUGAGUGUACUAGUUCUUUGUUUUAUGAAAAUUUAAGGAUUCCAAGGUACAAAAUAUUUCUUUUUUUUUUACCUAGUAACUUAAUUAAAAAUGUGAUUUAUUUUAUUUUCUAAAGCCAUUUAGGUAAUUUUUGUGGAUCUUUGUG